CUGGAGUCCUUUGAGGAGGGGAAGAUGGAUCUCCAGGAUCCAGGCCAAAGAGCUCUGUCCUAGGAAGUCAUGCUGGAGGAGUCUGGAGCUGCGGCAUCUGUGGGUGAUGGGCAGCACAGUGAGACAUAUCAAGAGCCAUCUGUGCUGUUGUGGAAUACUACCCAGCAUGAAGCAGGAAAAGGAAUAUUUCGGGGGAAACGGGGGCCAAAAUAUCACAGGCGAAACCUGACAAUGAAGAAGGAAUCCUCUGUUUUUCAGGAUACUAUGGAACUACAGAUGUCACAAGAAGAUCAGAAAGAAAAAGAAAAGAACAUUGGUGCUGCAUGUGGGAAGAUAUUCAAAGAUAAUUCUAAAUUGAAUAUACAUUACAGAACACACACAGGAGAGAAACCAUAUAAGUGCAUGGAGUGUGGAAAGAGCUUCAGUGAUAGUGGAACUCUUACAGUACAUCAACGAACACACACAGGAGUGAAACCAUAUAAAUGCAUGGAGUGUGGAAAGAGCUUCAGUUGUAGUGGAACACUUAAUAAACAUCAUAAAACACACACAGGGGAGAAACCAUAUAAAUGUAUGGAUUGUGGAAAGAGCUUCAGUGAGAGCGGAAAACUUCAUAAACACCAUAAAACACACACAGGGGAGAAACCAUGUAAAUGCAUGGAGUGUGGAAAGAGCUUCAGUCAUAGUGGAACACUUACUGUACAUCAACGAACACACACAGGGGAGAAACCAUAUAAAUGUAUGGAUUGUGGAAAGAGCUUCAGUUGUAGUGGAACACUUCAUAAACAUCAUAAAACACACACAGGGGAGAAACCAUAUAAAUGCAUGGAGUGUCAAAAGAGCUUCACUCGGAGUUCACAUCUUACUGAACAUCACCGAACACACACAGGGGUAAAACCAUAUAAGUGCAUGGAGUGUGGAAAGAGCUUCAGUCAAAGUGGAUCACUUACUGUACAUCAACGAACACACACAGGGAAUAAACCACACAAAUGUCUGGAGUGUGGAAAGAGCUUCAGUCAAAGUGGAACACUUACUGUACAUCAACGAACACACACAAGGAAUAAACCAUACAAAUGUCUGGAGUGUGGAAAGUGUUUCAUUGAUAGUGGAACCCUGACUAGCCAUCAAUGA